AUAAACAACGUGUCCUGGCUAUGGGUCCAACCAUGAAACAGCGGUUUAUGCCCAGUAUUAUUAUUAUUUUUAUAAGAAUUAGUAUAUUUGAAUCGUAUCGCUUCCUUCUUGCCCAGUUAGUCAAAAUACAUCUCCUGGUUGUUGCUUUCAGAGGUGCAAUUCUUUUAAAUAUGCCCAAUUGUUUGUGGCCCAGUUUUCGUAGUACCGCUAGAGGGCAGUGUUGUGUAAGAAAAACACGAACAGUCCUCUUUCAAUUGUUGUCCGUGUCCGGAACCUUUGGAUAUUGAUCGUUAGAGAAACCGGACUGUAAUUAAGAAUGCACCAGCUCCUAUUUAUGGUGUCAGUUGUUGUAGCAACCGUGUUUAGGCGCAAUAGUGUGGAUGUAGUAUCUCUUUGUUGUGUUGGUCGUAAUAGUAGCUAAUUUAAAUAUUCGUUGCGAUAUGUUCGCUAUUUCUAAUUAGUGUGUGUUUCAACGUCGCACAGUGUCGUUUAUGGUCGCCUUGGAUAAAGUAAAUAAGCGUAUUUGUCAGACUGCAGCUUAGUGCAGAGGCUAAUAAGCGCAGGGCACAUUGAAAUUGCAGCAAAUAACGUAGCAUUUGUUUGCGCAGUGUAUUCCAGUAUACUCGUGGUCUGUUUAAGUAAAGAGUUGCUCGGUAUGUCGGCUGUCAGCAGCCUCGUACCUGCACGGUUCUUGACCAUUAUAGCUCACCUUGUCAUCGUUAUCACAAUCUUUUGGUCGAGGGGAAACAACGUGAAGGCUUGCUUGCCUUUGGAUUUCACGCAAGAGCAGUAUGACGAUGAAGACAGGAAGUUGGUGGUGGCAUUGGCGGUCACCCUCGGUCUGUUUGCUAUAGAGUUGGCUGGGUUCUUCUCAGGAGUGUCCAUGUUCAACUGCAGCCAAGGUCUCCUGUCACUGGCUGUCCACUGCAGCGCAUCCGUAUCCUUGUCUUUCUUUGUGUUUGAGAAGUGGGAAUGCUGGACAUAUUAGGUUAUCUUUGCCAUCUGCAGUGUGCUCCCUGCUUUUGUGGAGAUUCUUCUGUUUAUAGCUGUUUUUGGACUGAAGAAGCCAUUAUGAAAGACAGUACUGUGAACUUAAGUCUCAAACAACAGAUCAAUCAAGUGUCAACAGAUACUAGCUGAAGAAGAUCUGUAGUUCAUUAU